AUGUUUCGUAAACUCGGAGGCUCCGCCACGCUAUGGAAGCCGAAGAAUCCCCAUUCUUUAGAAUAUUUGAAGUGAGCUUUUUGGGUAUAUUUUCUCAAGAGUUUCAGGUAAAUAUAGAAAAAAUAGUGUUCCGAAUAAAGGUGGAAAAUUAUAAGUUUUCAGAUAUCUUCACGGAGUGAUAGUAAAAAACGAAAAAGUGAAUGAUAGCAAUCGUAAAAUACUGGUGGAAGCGCUGCGGGCGAUGGCCGAGAUCCUGAUUUGGGGCGACCAAAACGACGCAUCCGUUUUCGAGUUUGUUUAAUUUUUGAAAAGACUUUCCCAGUUUCUAUGCACUACUUAUGGUCUGACCAAUUCUUGUUACAGUGCGGGACAAAACUAUAAGACCCCCCUGGUUUUUCAAGUUUCUGGAAAAGGCAGAUGUUCUAGAAAAAAAUUGUUAAUGUCAAUAGAUUUUGCAUCUUUGAAAACCUACGCUUACCAACUUUGGUCUCUGUCGGUUGCCGUUGAAGCGAAUGAGAAAGGAAAAACGAAAAACCAGGCGGGACAAAAACUAUAAGACCCCCUCUUUUUUUGAUUAAAAUCAAACUUUUUACCCAGAAUCACUUUCACUGUUUCAAUAAAUUUCUGUUCAUAACAACUUUGAGCAUCUUUCAGCUGCGGUUGAACUUCUUUUCAAUUUGAGAAAUCUACGAAAUUUGUUUUAAAUUUUGAAUUUUUGUUCUUUGGAAACUUUGGGCUUUGUGGCUGUUUCGUUUCAGAGAGCAACCAGAAAUUAUGUUACAUUACUGAAGGUUAAACAUUUGAGAAUGUUUGUAUAGCAAAAAAACGCGAUCAAAAAGUUUGAAAGACUCGAAAAAUAUGACUUUUUGAUGAUCAAAACCGUCAUUCUAUCGGGUUGAGGCUGAAAUUCCAAGUAUUACUCCAUGAGAUGAUACUCGACGAACAAGAAUUAGUCUUGGCAUGUACUUAAGAAACUUCAGCUUCUCAUCGGAUACAAUUUGAAGUCUAAAGGCACACAUUUAGUUUGCUAACAACUGUUUUUAAAAAGUCCUUUGGUUCACUUUGAUGGUCUUUUUCAGAAACUAACUUUUUUUCGUUUUAUUUUUUUAUUUGCGCUCUGAAUUGUUUCCAACCAUUAAUAGAGCAACAUGUACACAAUUCAAAAAAAUUUUGAAAAUUUGGAAAUUAUAUAAAAUUAAAAAAAUCGUUUUAUGGGUCGGUUAACUUUUUCCAUUAUUGACGUCAAUCAAAAUAGGUAGAGGCUGAAGCGAACAAAAUUUUUUUCUCGGUUUUUCGCAUCAAAGUUUUAUUUGAAACGUUUUUAAACACGUUUCCAGCUUAUUUGAAGCUUCAUUAGCAUGUGUAUCAUGUAGUAAUACUUGGAAUUUCAGCCUCAACCCGAUAGAAUGACGGUUUUGAUCAUCAAAAAGUCAUAUUUUUCGAGUCUUUCAAACUUUUUGAUCGCGUUUUUUUGCUAUACAAACAUUCUCAAAUGUUUAACCUUCAGUAAUGUAACAUAAUUUCUGGUUGCUCUCUGAAACGAAACAGCCACAAAGCCCAAAGUUUCCAAAGAACAAAAAUUCAAAAUUUAAAACAAAUUUCGUAGAUUUCUCAAAUUGAAAAGAAGUUCAACCGCAGCUGAAAGAUGCUCAAAGUUGUUAUGAACAGAAAUUUAUUGAAACAGUGAAAGUGAUUCUGGGUAAAAGUUUGAUUUUAAUCAAAAAAGAGAGGGGGUCUUAUAGUUUUGUCCCGCCUGGUUUUUCGUUUUUCCUUUCUCAUUCGCUUCAACGGCAACCGACAGAGACCAAAGUUGGUAAGCGUAGGUUUUCAAAGAUGCAAAAUCUAUUGACAUUAACAAUUUUUUUCUAGAACAUCUGCCUUUUCCAAAAACUUGAAAAACCAGGGGGGUCUUAUAGUUUUGUCCCGCACUGUAGUAGGUAAAAUGACGUAGAAAAGAAGAAGGCAGUACAAAGUUAUUGGAAAAGGAGUAUGUAGAAAGUUCUUUUUCUUAAUGAUUUUCGGGGUCGAAAUCCCUUUUGUGCUUUGACUCUGACUUCAAAUUAUUCCGAAUCGUUUCAGCUUCUUCCUCGAGCGACAAAUGUUGCUGCAUUUUCUGAAAAUCAUGGACCAAGGCAGUAGUUCGAUAAACGUUCAGCUUCUACAGACAUUGAAUAUACUAUUUGAAAAUAUUCGCCAUGAAACUUCUCUGUGUGAGUUUUGAGUAUUCCUUACUGGGUGUUUAUUGAUGGAAUAUCUUUUUGGGACUGCCAUUUUAAGUUUCAACUUUGGGACUGCCAUUUUGGAGAUUCAACUUAGGGACUGCCAUUUUGGAGUUUCAAAUUUGGGACUGCCAUUUUGGAAUUUCAACUUUGGGACUGCCAUUUCGAAGUGACAAAGUUGACUGUCAAUUAAAAAAAAAAAUAAUAUGUGUUUCGAAGCUUCUGCGCCUUUGAAACCCCAGCAAGAAUUCAAGACAUAUGUUUGUGAAAAAAAAAAGAUCAAACAAUGAAAUUUCAGAUUUCUUGCUCAGCAACAACCACGUCAACUCCAUUUUAACGCACAAAUUUGAUUUGAAUAACGAUGAGAUCAUGGCGUAUUAUAUCUCCUUUUUGAAAACACUGUCUUUCAAAUUGAACGCCUGUACUGUUCAUUUUUUCUUUAACGAGGUUGGUUUGAGAUUCUUGAAAAUUUCUCAUCUAAUUUCCAGGCAACGAAAGAAUUUCCGUUGCUCACAGAAGCGUUGAAAUUAUUCGAUUCAACUGAGAGUAUGGUCAGAAUUGCUGUAAGGAACAUUGUUCUCAAUGUUGUGAGGGUUAAAGACGAGGCGAUGAUUGAUUUUGUUCGCACCCAUACGAAGGUUAUUCUUUGUGUUCUAUCAAUUUAAUUUUUCUUGUAAUUUUUGAAAUAUCUUGUUUGAAAGCCUAUUAAAAUUUUAUUUUUUUCAACUUGAAAGGUGAUUUUCCCUAGAAUAUUAGUUUCAGAUUUACCUCAGCGAGCUUGUCGAUUCUUUAGUCGGCUUAGCGAUCGAUUUGGAUGUAUUUGUGAGAUCGGCUGAAAAUGUUCAGGCCAAUCGGGAAAGAUUGAGGGAUAAGGUGAAAAUUCAUUGAAUCGCUAUCGAAAAAUGAACAAAAAACAUGUUGAGGUUGACGAUUUGAUCGACUUGGUUCAUUAUAUUGGUGAACUUCUGGACGUCGACGCGAUGGCCGAAUGGCUUUCCCAUUUAGGUUUGAAAUUAAUGAACUGGAAGAAUAAAAAAAAGGUCAAUUUCCAGUCUCCUCGCGGUUUCUGAUGCCCUUGCUUCUAAACAGCCUGGCGCCACGUCGAGAUAAUCACGCCGUUUUGCUGACUCCCGUCUCUAGCCUUUUCUUCUUCGCUCAGUUUUUAUUGGUCAGUUUUAAAAAGAAGAUAAAAAAAUUCGAGAAAAAAACUAGAGUUGAUUUUUUUAAAUUUUCGAUGUUAGAUGUUUUGUAAAAAAAUUGAUUUUUGAAUUUUUUUCAAGUGAAAUUAAAAUUUUUAAGGUAGUCACCCACCGACCAACGAUACAAGGCUACCUUUCCGCCUUUUUGUUCGAUGAUCCCUCGAUUUUGAGAUCUCACUGGAUCCGACAAGGAGAAUCUUUUCGGUUACAGAAUAUUGAGCCUCCGUCGAAAACUCCGGAAAAUAGGUGAAUGGAAAAAAAGAAAUUAAAUGGAAUAAGAGAGGUUUUUUUGGAUGUUAAUGAGUUAUUUAAAUUUUUUUUAGUUUUUGAAAAUUCUUUGGCAUUUUAACAGUCUUUUCCAUAUAAUUUUGUGCAAUCUAGUUUUUUAAUCGUAGAAAUUUGAAAAAAAAAUCCUGUGAAAAGAUGCCCAAAUUAUUUUUAACUCUUUCGUAUUUUCUCGUUCCUCUUCGACAUAUUUUUCUAAAGAAAUUCGAUAAAUUUAGCUUCCUAAUAAAAAAAUAUUUAAAGAGUCUUCUUCGAAUCGCUUCUCUCUGCGUUUGACGCCAGCCAAAAGGAUGAUUAUUUGUCGUUUUACGGGUUGAUGCUCAUCUACGCCAUGUUUCAGAACAAUGGUUGGUUUUUCAUCCAAGUAUCAUUGUGUUAAAAAGAUGAGCCAUUUUUUUUUAUUAAUCAUAAAUUUUUCAUGAAAUUCUGUCUUCAGAAUGUAAGUUUGCCGUUGUGUCGUGCAAUUUUUUUCAUGGUUGUCGAUUUAAUUUUUUUCUAAAUCGUGAUUUGGAUAGACAGUAAGAUAAUCAUAUUUUUGAAUGCUCGGUUAAAUUAAAAAAAAAUUUUUUGCUGAAGUUUUUUUGCUGGAGUUAUAAAAAGUCCUCUGCAACUCCUGAAGAAUAGCAAUUUUAAUGGUUCUUUGCUUCAAGACCUUGAAUAAAUUAUUUUUUUUCUAUGUUCCUUAAAAAAUUCACUAAGAAUUUCAAAAAAACUGUAGCUUUUCUUGGUUUUUUCUGAAUAUAUGUCGAACUUUGCACGUCUUUGAUUCCUUUUUAUUGUGCUUUUCCUAUUUUUUUAAAGUUCAAACCAAUUUUCAGUGUUCAGGUGACGUUGGAGAGCUUCUUGCGACGGUCAACUUCCCUUUUAGAUCGAGGCAUUCUUCAACUCAACAGCCGCCACAGAGUAGUCAAGACACGAGGGGCAGGGCUUUGACUGAACUCGCCGUUGAAGCGACGGAAGAUAGUUAUCGAGAAGUUGUGGAUCGGUUGCAGGACUUGGUGGGGUUAUUAGAUUGAUAGGAGAAUCUUCGAAAUUUCUAGAAUUCAGACGAUACUUGAAAAAUUGUUGAUCUCAAAAUUGCGUCAUUCAUCCGUAGAAUUCAACUUUAUCCCUCAAUUGACAAAAAUUAAUUUUUUUAAUAUUUUCCAUAAUUAAAAAAAUGUUAAUAUUAAUUAUUUCUCAUAUUUUCGAUGACUUCUAUGAACGGCUCAAAUUUUUCCAUGAAUUUUGAGAAAAAAACUUGAAAUCAACUAGAAAAAUUCAUGGUUGAAAGGGUUUGAAGAUUUUUAUCAUGAAUAUUGUGCUUCAGUUGUGAGCAAUUUCGAGGUAUCGUUCAAAAACAAAUAUAUCUUGAAAUGCCUGAUUUUGUACUGGGAUCACCUAUUUUCGAUGCUCAUUUUGAGGGCUUGAAAAGAGUUUCCAAGGAUUUUAGGCCGUUAGAAUGUUUAGCUGUCUUUCGGCUGCAAAAAAGUCAUGUAAUUUUCUUUAGAAGCAAGAAGAAAUGGACGACGAAGUGCUGGUAGACGAACCAAGGCCACCGUCGGCUUCUCAAACUUCUGAGGUACUUUUUAUUUCAAAAAUCUGGAAGUCCGCUUUAAAUACGCUUCACUUUUCAUUAUUAUUAUUUUGAACUGGCUCAGUUUUCGGUUUUUUCAUAUUUUAUCAAGCUUCUGAAGUAGUUUACUUUUUUUUGGAAAAAACAUUAUGAGGUGUUAAAGUCAACACUGAAGCGGCCUAAGCGUCACUUAAGUGUCUGCUAAAUGACUGAGGAUCUUUCAAAUUUCGUGGAGGACAUCUUUAUUCGGUAAAGGCUUCUUGAUGCCAAAUAAAUGGACUUCCUCUACUCUUCCAGUAAUAAAAGGAUGUGUUCAGUCGGACGGGCCUCGGUCGAGGUUCAUGUCGGCGGCAGAAGAGCUGGAACCGUCUCCAGCCACUGAAAAGGAGCCUAAGCCUCAAUCCUGUGAUUAUCGAUUGAUCGAGGCUCUGUCAUCAAUCAUAGCUGCCGUUGGAAACGAACAGAAUCGUGUUCGGCCGAUCACCCUGGAACUUGCCUGUUUGGUUAUUCGCCAGAUCUUGUUGUCCGUGGAUGAUGAGCAGGUGAAUUCUGAAGGGGGUGCAGCUUUUGAAUGGAUCGGAGCUUGGAAAAUAGAUGGAAACGGGAAAAUUUGAGAAAAUUUGCACGUAAUGAGCUGUUUUUUUUUCAUUGUGAUUUUAAAGAAAGCUCGAAAACUUGAUUCCAAAAAAUUCCUGAAAGCUCAGUACCUAGGGAAUAUUCAAGCUUGUUGCAGGAGUUUUUCAAAAACGGUCGUGAAAAAAUAAAUGAACAAAAAAGGGUGUAGAACUUGCUCGCAAAGCUGGUUUUUAGAAACAUAGGCAACGUUGGGGAGGGUGGAAAACAGCUCCAUAGAAAUUUUUCUUAAAAAGUCUUCAUUUGCUGCCUUUCUGCGGCCUUUUUUGAGCCUCUCUUCUUUUAGCGGCCAUUAUCCACCUUUCCAACUUUGCCCGAGAGGAAAAUUCACAAAUAAAAUGCUUUUUUUUUCUACUUCAAUCAAGAUUUUUUAUGUGAUCAAUUCUUCCAGUUGCACUCCUCUUUAACCAGUCUGUGUGGGAAAGCCCGAAAGCAGCUCGUCGAUCAACUUUCUCUUUAUGUCAACUCGGAGAAUCUGUUCCUGGAGUGGUUCGAGGACGAGUACGCCGAGUUUGAGGUCAUUUUUUAGAAGGGACUUUUUUCGAGUUUUCAGCUGUUUCAGGUCAAUCACGUGAAACUCGAUGUGAUUGGCUAUGAAAUGCUGCUUCCGCCCGCCACAACCCCCAUGUCUGGUCUGCCGCUUCACAAACGACUUUUUAGUGGAUUUGAAGAGCGUCUGAGAACGGUUAGUGAUGAUUUCUUCAGGAAAUUUUUGAAAAAGAGGUACUUAAAGUUGAUAGGAAGCUUUUGAGUUGAUUUCUCAAUGGAAAGCUAUGAGUUUUGAAGAAACAAGAGAUUUUAAGGAAACUAUAAAACAGAGCUUGAACUUUUCUCUUUCAAAGUGUUUCUCAAAGACUUCGAAUCAAGGAUCACAGAAAAUUAUGAUCAAUUAAGUUUAAAAUCUGAAUCGAAAAAUCAAAAAUUGAAUCUGUGUAUGACCCUUGAGCCGCCAAGUUGGUUCUGAAUAUAAAACAGCUGUUUGAAAAAAAUUGAAGAUCAAUUUUUUUCUAGAGUAUUUUUUUCGAAUGUUAAAUUUAAAACUUCCAGACAAUGCUCUUCUACUUCCAUGUGAGGAAACUUGAACGAGAUAUGACCGGAGAGAUGGACGGAGAACUGCCCGUUCGGGCCGUCAGUGAACAGGAACCCGUUACGAUUGGAGAUUGUAUCAAUCUUGGUGAGGAAAAAACGAAAAGUGUCAGUCUUUUUGUAUCAAUUCCAGGAGAGCCUUGGUAAAAUAUAGAAAAAAUGAAUGAAGAACAAAUAUUAGUUAUUUCAGCUGUUUUUGGAAAAUGACUAUCUCACUAACUUUCUGUCGAGAGCUGGGCACUUAGGAUGAAUGAAAUACAUUGAGAAGUAUUAGGAAACAUUUCAGACACUUGGUAAGCUAAAAAUAAUAAUAAUAAUGAAGUGAUGAUUGUCUGAGUCAGUUGAAGAAAUCGAGAAAUAUCUAUAAAAAAAGGGUUCCAAUAUGUUUCAAUAUGAAUAAUAAAUGUCCCAAAAAAGGAUCUCGAAAAUCAGUGUCUACGCAGGGUUGAAAUGACAUUUUCUGAAAUGAAGUUAUAUACCACAUUUUCAAAACUUGUGACGUAGUAGCGCAAAAUUUGGUUUUGUCUUCCUAUUUUCAUUUCUCCGUCGUUCAGCAAACUCCGAUUUGUUGGCCUGUACGGUGGUGAUGGUGAACCCUACGGGGAAGUCGAGCGACCGACAGGCCCGUUUUCUGGUUACCGAUAGGUUGCAGUUGAUCCUCGUCGAGCCGGACUCCAGAAAAGCCGGCUGGGCGAUCGUCCGAUUCGCUGGAUUGUUGCAGGUUCAUAGUUAGAAUUUUUUCAAAAAUUUAUCGCAUUUUUCAAAAAAGUUUAUUUUAAGAAAACUAUUAAUAACCUUUCAAUAUUCUUAUACUUUUAAAUUUCUUAGUAGGAACAUUUUUUUCUGAGUUUUUUUGGCUUAUACUUGUACACACGGAUCUAGAACCUUACCGAGUUUGUCCAAAAAGUUUCGUCGUUUCUCAAUAAAUCUAAUCUUUUGAAUGUUUAUUUUUAAUACGUUUACCAAUAACCUUAUAAACUUAAAUUUCUAAGGUAGAAAAAAUUUUUCUGAGUUUUUUUAUUUGAACACACGGAUCGUUUUCAAGGAUACGCAAAUAACGGGUGAUUCAUCGGACAGCCGCGCGUUGCAUGUCGUUGUCGAGGGCCAACCGUCGCGGUUGAAAGUUGGUUUUUUCUUGAUUUAAAACAGAAAAAGAGAAAAACUAGGAAAAAUAGAAGGGAACAUACGUGAGGGAACAUUUCCCUUUUUAGUACAGAAAAAACUCGAAAAUGUACUAAUUUGGCCUUACAUUUGGGGAGAUAUGUCGCAAUUUGGGGAAUCUGCAGUUUUUUUCAGCCCUAGUAUGAGGGUACGGAAAAAAAGCUGGGAAAAACUCGAAUUUUCAGCUGUUUCAAGAGUUUCAUUCAUCUUCUAUUCAGACAAAAAUUUGGGUAUCCCGGAGUUGAAUAUAAAAAAAUUAAUAAUGAAUAUUUUCAAAGCAUGCAAAUAAUCGGGCGCCUCAAUUUUUUUUCUGAGCCCUGUGGAUUUUUUUCUGAAUCUUUCAAUUUCUUAAAAAAAUUUUUUUUCUAGAAAAAGACAAGCUGUCCUCAAGGCAAAAUUCAUUUUUGACGAUCAUAUCCGAUGUAUGGCGGCCAAACAAAGAUUGACAAAGGUGAUUUGCUUCACUAUCAAACAAAAUCAUUGACUAGAAAAUUUUCAGGGACGUCAAAUAGCGCGAGGAUUGAAGCUUCAUGCGAUUUGCGAUCUUUUGGGAGUUCCCAAAAUUGAUGUGGCUUCGCCAAGAGUCAACCCUUUCAAGAUUUCCAAGGGUUGUGCGCCUGGAAGCGUUAGGAAGACGGUAAAUAAUAAAAGAAAGAAAGAAAAUUUCUGCCAAAGUUCAAAAAUAUCAAAUUUUUCGUAGAAAUGAGAAAGUUAAUAUUCUUGUCAUUAAGAAAUUGAAGGACUUGGAAAUUCUCAAGAAAAAAUUUGCUGGCACCAAAAUUAAGUUUUGAAAGUAAGCUAUGUGAACAGGAAGAGCUAGAUUGAAAUAAUGGUUUUGGAAAAAAAAAUGUCAAGCCUUUCUUAAAAAUUUCAUAUUAUUAUUUUGAAGCAAUCAACAAGUUCUUCCACGUCUUCUUAUGGUCGUUUUGCUCCUCUGCGAUCCUCAACGCCGAGCAGGGAUCCAGGUUCGACGCCUUCUGCCAUUCCAGAAGAUCCAUCUCCAGCGCCAGGCUCCAUAAGACACGUUUAA